UUUUUUCAUGACAAAUUUCUUGAAAAAUUGUGCAAAUAUAUUAAAAUGUCGGAUGAAAAUUUUGCCGAAACAAAUGUAAAAAAAGUUCAUAAUAAUUUUCAUAAUAAUAAUAAUCGAAAUACAAAGUCAGCGCUUAUUCAAUCCACAUCAAUCAAUACGUCCGCCGAAUCAUCUUCAUCGCCACCAUUAUCAUCUUCAUAUUCAUCACCAACAUCGAACAAUAAAUUUUCUAUGUUUAAUAGUGCCCUAAAUUCAUCACCGAUUACAAAAUUUGACCAUAAUAAUAAAGUUUCAAACAAAUCAUCAUCAUCGGUUGUUGUUGUUGGAAUGAAUCGAUCUUCUGAAUCGUUGAUACAGAAAAUAGAUGAAAACAUUGUUGAUGAAAAUAUACUUUGUUUCGAUGAAUCAUUAACAUUCGAACAAUUUACACUUAUUGAACAUUCGUAUUCAAAACCGAAAAAGGCAUUAAAAUUGAGCAAAAGACUUCGAAAAGAUAAACAUCGAAUCAAGAGUAAAUUGUUGAAAAAUAAAAAAAUUUCAGAUAAAAAACAUAAAAAGAAAAAAUUUCGACAAAAUAAUAAUAAUAAUCCAUCUGUUAGUAUAAUUGAAGAAACGAAAAUCAAAACUGAAAGUUCGGAAAUAAACGACAGCCAAAUUUCUCUCGAUUCCAAGAUUGGUAUAUUGGAAAAUUCUCAAAAUAUUUCAACAUCUGCAAUAGCCGAAAAUAGCAUUAUGAAUGACAAAGAUAUUUCUUCCUGCAGCAUCAAUUCAGAGGCAAAUGUAUCUGCUAGUGGACGUAUACAACGAACACGUAAAAAACCAAAAAGAUGGGAUAAUGAUGAAUUGGAAGUCGAUUUUAGUGGUGGAAAAUUGAAUAUUACAACAAAUACCCAAGAUGACUCGAAAACUAAACGUGAUGAACCACCGGUUAAAAAAGCAAAAAAAUUGGAUAAACCUAAAUUGAUUAUUGUUGAAAGUAGUAAGAUUAAAAAGGAAGAAGUUUUUGUUAAAGAAGAAGAAAUGGAAGAAUCGGAUGAAGACAGUGUUUCGGAUAAAAAUAUUGAUCAUUCAUCUGAUGAUGAUGAAAACGAUUCGAAUUUUGAUUCUGAUGAUGAUCCUGAAAAAUUAUGGUGCAUUUGUCGGCAACCAUAUGAUGAUCGUUUUAUGAUUGGCUGUGAUCUUUGUGAAGAAUGGUUUCAUGGAAAAUGUGUGAAUGUAACAAAAGUUCAAGGACGUAAAAUGGAAAAAUUGGGCGAAGAUUGGUAUUGUCCAUCUUGCCGUGAAGAUUUAAACAAAGGUAUCCCAAAAGAAGAAUUAAAAGAACGUAAGAUCGAGGAAAAGAAAGCACUAGAACUUGCUGAAAAAGAAAAACGAUUGCAAAAAAAUAAAGCAAAACUGUUGGAGAAAGCUCGUAUACGUAAAGAUUCGUCAUCGAAACAUUCAUCUGUACAUGAUGAUGAUGAUGAUUCGGUAAUUCACCCGAAACAGUCGAAAUCAUCACGCCAUUCAAUAUCACGAUCGAAUAGUUCGAAAAUUGAAUCAAAGAAAGAAAAAGAAGAGGAAGAGAAACGGCGUCUAAAAAAAUUGAUAAAAGCAUCUAAAAAGGAUUUGAAUGAAAAACGAGAAAAGCUAAAAUCUAAUGAGCAAACAACCACCACAAUUAAUCAUUCAACAGAAUCGAUGGACAAUGAAUUAAAAUAUGAUCAUCCUGUUAACAAUAAUAAUAACAAUGAUAGCCAACAUGAUACCUCGAACAGUUCAACAUCUUUCACAAAUAAUAAUUCAUUCAAUUCUGAUACCGAAUUUUCUAAAGUUUUCGUCAUACAAAAACAUUCAAAACAAAAUGAUAAUAAUAAUUUGAAUAAAAAGAAACAUAAAAUCGAUCCAAUUGAUCAAUCCGUACAAGAUUUAUUUAAAGCGGAACCAGCUGUUUUAAUGCGUUCAUUAUCAUCGUCAUCAUCUACCUCGAGUUCUGUAGCUACAACCCCUGCUGCUGGUGUUACCGCAGCCAUAAAUACAAAUCAAUUAUCACCAAAUCAUCAACAACGUAAAACCAGUGUUCAUAUUGAUUCACGGCGAACAUCAAUAUCAUCUUCAUCAAAUGAUAAUAUAGCUUGUCCAAAUGUCAAUAAUUGUGGCGGAAAAAUUCAACAGAAAAUAAAUAGCUCAGAAUCAAUAAAAUCUAUUUACUGUAAUCAAGAUUGUUUACAAACACAUGUAAAUGAUGUGUUAAAAGCAUUACGUUCACUAAAACGCAUGAAAGACAAAAUGAAUCUGACAACGCCUUCACAAUCAUUAAAAGUAAUUUUGAUUGAUCGAUUAAACAAUGAUCGAAAAGAUAAUAUUAAGGAAAAGGACGUAUUGGAUUUCAUUCGCGCCAAUCAAACAUUUGAGAUUCAUAAACCUAGUGCAUUGAGAAAAUCUUCGAAUACUGGACCAAACACUAGUACUGCUAAUAUUUUGACCAAUAAAACUGCAACAUUGUCAUCAUCGGCCAAAUCGCCGCCAACCAGUAAAGUUUCAAAUGAAACGUCUACAAAAAAUAAGCAAGCACAAUCAUCAUCGACAAUUAAAUUGGAACGUACAUCAAGUGUUUCGUCUGAUACAUCCAAUGACAAUAGGAAUGAAAGUCGUCGUCAAUAUGUACGCAACACGAUCAACGAAAUUUUAAAAUCCAGAUAUAAAGAAAUGACUAUUGAUGAAAAAGCUACGAUAUCAUCAUUCAGUGAGAUAACUAAACUUUCUGUACAGAUUGAAAAUGAACUUUUCAAAGUGUUCAAAGUUGUCAAUUCAAAAUAUCAGACAAAAUCUCGAUCUCUAAUUUUCAAUUUACGUGACACAAAAAAUACAUUAUUUCGUAAAGUUUUAUUGGGAAAGGUUUCACCUGAACGUUUGGUUAAUAUGUCACCGGAAGAAUUAGCUUCAGCUGAAUUAUCACGAUGGCGUGAACAUGAGAAAAAAACAAUGAUACAAUUGAUCACAAGAGAUGCAUUCGAUCAGGCUAAUCAGGUGAUUGUCAAAAAGACACAUAAAGGUGAAGAAUUUAUUGAAAAUGAUCUCGUGUUGGACCUUCCUUCAACGGAAAUUGCAGCCAAUAAUGAAAAAGCUCCGUUGAAUGAUUCCAAUCAAACUGAUAGUGAAUCGAAUAUGAGUAAUUUGCUGGAAUCACCUGUGAAAGAAGCACCAGUUUCCUUGACUAGUGGUCCUCAAGAAAAUAAUGACUCAUCUUUAUUGGAUAUCUUGGAUACAACUUCUCAGCAUUCUGCACAUGUGUAUUCUAGCAAUUGUAAAAUUUGUACACAAAAUUCUUCGGCCAAUGAAUCGAUUAAAUUGGAAAAGGAUAAUAUUUCGAAUGUGUCAAUGAUGCCACCCACUUCACCAGUAGCCAAAACUAGUAAAGAAAUCGAUUCGCCAACUGUUCAACGUUUACAACCAAAACGUGUACGAGUUGAAAAUGAAUCUUUUAAUGAAUUUCUCAAAGAAGCAGAGAAGAAAUUAUCCGAUAAGAUUCUUAUGGAAAUUCAACAUUCCAUCACGACUACUGUAGAUACUCAAUCUUCAAAUGAUAUUGAUAAAUCUAUUACGACAAAUGAUAUGAAUUCGACAAAGUCUUCUCAACAAUCACCAUUGUCAUCCUCUAAAGAAACUUCUCAUGACAAAAAUUCCGAUACUAAUGGCAAUAAAAUUAGCGAACACAAGACUUCUAAACCCGUUUGGAAAGGGACAAUUUUCAUGCAAGAUGUGGCCAAAUUUGUUGCCACCGCGCAGGUUAUUACUGGAAAUGCCGUUGAAGUUAAAUAUCAUCUUAGGCACGAUUAUGUCGAACAGAUUACCGUUUGUGGUCGAAUAGCACCGGAACAAGCAUUAGAUUACAUUGAAAAAUUGAAAAUUUCAAAACAUUCAGAGAUCGUUUUAAUAAGAUUUAUUUGGUCCUCUCGUGAAGAACGAACUGGUUAUGAUGCUUUUUUUCAUUAUCUUAAAACCCGUAAUCGAUUAGGUGUUGUGUAUCUAAAACAUUCUACUACUGGUUAUAAAGAUUUCUACAUUUUGCCAUUGUCUCAAAAUAGUGAUAUACCCGAAAUAUUGCUUCCAUCAAACAAUUCUGUCAAUUUGAUUGGUGAAAUUGGAAAGAAAAAUCACCGACCAAAUCUUUUGUUGGGGAUAUUAAUUAAAACUCGUAAAUCAAACAAUAACAUCAGUCAAUUAUCAACGAAUAUUUCGCAAUCGAUUCAGCAAAAUGAUUCGCCCUCAGUCAAUGAACGUUCAUAUACACCGCCAUUAUCUUCGAACGUAUCAAGCACCACUCCUCCAUAUCAUGAUCCUGACGAUGGUUCUUAUACACCGCCCCCAUUAUUACAUUCAACACCGAAAAUAUCGGAUGGUUCGAAAAAAAUCGGUCACCACCAUCAACAUCAUCGAUCAGAAAACAAAUCAUUAAUAAAUCAAAAACAUGAUCUCACAAAAUCGUCUAAUCAUGAUGAAGAAAAAUUGAGUGAUAUGAUUGAAAAGGUUUCUUCAAGUUCAAAUCCCAUUGAGAUGACCGCAUCAAUAUUAAAUGCUAUUGUCGAAACUGAUAAUCUAGAAUUGCAAGGAAAAUUAUUAAGCAAAUUGCAAGCCAAAGUUGAAGAUAAGCUUCAACAUACUAUACAAAAUAACACCGAACUAAAUGUUUGUCAUUCGAAUAUGGACGGGACAACAGCAUCGAUGCCAACAAACAUAAUGGUUCCUACUAGCUCUUCCUUAUCUUUUGAUAAUCUUAUACCUAAUAUCAAAAACAUUCAAUUACCGGAUAAUUUAAAAGAUAUUCUCCGAACUGUUCAGGACAAGACAGCUCAAGUUGCUGAUGCUCAACGAAUGAUAGAUGGUGGAAAUAUGAAUUCUUCGUAUAUAAUCAAUUCAUCAAAUGUUGAUCAUAAAAAUAUUCAACAGAAUAAUGUUUCAUUCAAUGAUCCACGUUUGCGUCAAUCCGUUUCUACCCAGCCGGUUGCCGCAUCAAUGUCCAAAGAUGAACUAUUGCAAAAAGCUCAAGAACAAAUGGCAGCAUUAGCGCAAAUGGAAUAUCAGCAACAAAAUCCAUCUCAACAAACAAUAAAUACACGAGCCAUGCAUCAGCAUCAUCAGCAAGAACCAAUGAUAAUGGCUGGCGGUGGAAGAAUUCCCAGUACUUCAAUCGCAGGAUAUCAUGCAAAUCAAGCAAAUGAAGAACAUUCACCCGGAAUGUCGAAUCGAAAAAUCAGUUUUCAAUGGAAGAAAAAGAAAUAAUAAUCUGAAUGAAUGGAAUUUUGUUUUAAUCUUUUUUUCGAUCUCCUCAAACAAGAAACCGUUUAUUCACCCAAAUUUUAUUAAUUUUUU